AUGGGCACCACUGAUAUUGAGCUGGUGAACGAAAUCAAGAUUCUUGGCCUUAUCAUUGAUAGAAAACUAACCUUUCAGAGCCACGUCGCCUAUGUGUGCAAGAAAGCCAUUAAUAUAUACAAAGGUUUAGCUAGAGCGGCCAAAGUGACGUGGGGCCUAAAUCCUGAGGUGGUGAGAACCAUAUACGUGGCAGCGAUUGAGCCCAUAAUAUUGUAUGCGUCGAGUGCAUGGGUAAAGGCAGCGGACAAAGUGUAUAUUAAAAACCAGCUGAACACCGUUAUGAGAGGAUUCGCUCAAAAAAUAUGCAAGGCACAUAAAACUGUCUCAAUGAACUCGGCUCUAAUACUGACGAGACUGCUGCCACUUGACCUAAGAGUCAAGGAGGCCGCAUCCCUGUAUGAGGCAAAGAAAGGGAAGCCACAGCCAGUUCUGAAGGGCCGGAAAGUAGAGGAAAGGGCUAGCCCUCUCCAACGACCACACCCUUCAGAGGAGAUCCAGUUGGACUUUGAGUGCCUAGAGAGUGAAGCGGAGGUGCAGGAACGCAUGACGGACGGUGCAGCACACAUAUUCACUGAUGGCAGCAAAAUUGAAGGCAAGGUCGGUUCAGCGCUAUCUUGGUGGAACAGCGGAAACGAAAUAACCUGCCGUAAAUUUAAGCUUGAAGAUCACUGCACCGUCUUUCAGGCGGAACUUUACGCUGUUUACCGCGCCACAGAAUUGGCGAAAACUAGGAAAGAGACCACACUCCACGUGUACAGUGACUCUAGAUCGACGCUGGAAUUGCUUAGAGGAAGUGACUCUUCCCACCAACUGGCUGCCAAAACGAAAGACAACAUCGCGUGUCUUUCCAAGAAGGGAAAGGAGGUGGCGCUCUUCUGA